AUGCUCAGGACGAAGAUCACACCCAAGCCUGGAGUUGUUCAACACGCGAUCCGCCGUGAUUUGCCAAUGAAUAUCGAUUCUGGUCUUGACACUCAGCCGAAGACAGCGACGACGAAGAUAUCAUAUGGGUUCCGCCUCCUCUCGACUAUACGAACGACACGGAUACAACCCGAAGCCGCUUCACCAAAUGAGAGUACAGCCGCGCCCGCGAAAUCUUCAAGCUCCUUCGAUGUGCAAGUGUCAACUGAACUCUCCCACGGCGCACUGGGAAUCUCUCAACAAGCCGUACAUGGUCACUUGUAUGGUGGGAUCUACGAUACCAGCUUGGGCGAAGAGGUGGAAUAUCUCUGCGACAAGAAAUCACCUUUCAAGCUAACCCCUAUCAUCUGUCACGGCGAAGCACUCAACUCUGGCGGCAUCACGAACAUCCUAAGCACAAACAAAAGAGCUGGUUCCACGUUUGACGCCGCUAUUGAUAUAUCUGAAUUUUCGUGCGACCAAUAUGGCGAUUUUGAGGGAGCAGUCAGCGCUUACGUGCUGAUCACAGCACCAAAGAAUAUUACGAAACAAGUGAAGACGCCACUGGGGUCAGGAGCUAACUUUCAACUACAUGUGGUUGACGAAUCGCACAAGUCGAAGGGCCAGGGAAGUGGGUUUGCGAAAACGCUACGCUCAUCCACAUCAUCCAAGGAAGAUAUGAUUGGCUGUCAACUGGAGGGCGGAAAGUUGAACAUCCAAGACCGUCAAGCUGAAUUUCUGUUCCUAAUCGGAACAACGUUCACCGAACCAAACGACUUAGCACCUUUCUGGGCGAUUGCACAGAUCCAGGUGCGGGUCCUCCUACACAGAUGGGAGCGUGAAAAGAACGCCUACGAUCUAAAGAGGAUGCACUCAGAUCACAUGGAGCUGCUAGGCUUCGAUAUCAAGUUAGCGGUGCAUCAGACGAAUGCGAAGCCGUCCAAGCCUUCAAAGACCAAGGAGAACUCUUCGGACGUCUUUGGGCACCUCUUGACACUCAUCUCGAUACGACGCCAACAGAACACCCGGAUACCCGAACCGGCGCCAUUCAACACGCAACUCAUAGAGCUACCGCCUAUGUAUGACAUCGUGCGGGAACCUCAAUACACCCCGCAAGAGCUCUUGGAAUGCAACACCCAAACUACAUCGUUCGCUAUGGAUGUAGUUGAGACUGGCUCGAAUGGUCGAGUCGUGAAUGAAAGGAAGAUAACCCGGGACUUUGAUAAACAGUCGCAGACCAUCCAAUUGCUCUGCAGCCUCCCUUCGCUACACGGCAUCAUGCAUCUGUUCAACGAUUGGGGAGCGAAACUUACACAAUCGAACAUGAGCAAGAAAUUUGGUUUAAAGGGUAGCCCCACCUACAUGACACUGCCCUUCACCGAUAACGCAGCUCGGCGAACCGUUCUCGCGACGUGCAAGAACGACCCGAAGAUGAGCACUAUGUGUGACAAUAUACAAGAGAUUAUGGGAGAGGACCAACAGAUUAUGAUGGAUACGGCAGCCUUACACAAGGUGAACACUGAAACGCUCCAGGGUAAACCUAAGGAUCACCUUCGCAAAGUCAUCGUCACCACACAGAACUGCUUCACCGCUAUGACGGCGUUUGACGUCAUUUCUGAUAGAUUUCCCGGUACAGACGUCGUUCUUCCACGCAAUGCUCAGUCAGAAAGAGAGGGACGUGAUCAUCGAAAGCUUCCAGGAUGA